AUGAGUGCCUCAGCAACUGCUGCUGCUGCUGCUGCUGCCCGGCCUUGUUCGUCAAUGGCAGCAGCAGCAGCAGCAGCAACGCCUACGACAGCAGCAAGAGCAGCAGCAGCAGCAGCAGCAGCAGCACGCCGUGCUGCUAAUAGGACUCGGCCCCAAGGAGACGGCCGAUUCCUCCCAGGUGCAGCAGCAGCAACAGCAACUGCAGCAAACAGAGCAGCAGCAGCAACUGCAGCCAAUACAGCAGCAGCAGCAACAGCAACUGCAGCAGCAAACUAUGAAGAAGAAGACACGCAGCAGCAGGGGCCCUCUCUUGCUGUUUCUCUGUCGCGUAUAGUCAAGGCAUAUCAACGGCAGCAGCAACCGCAGCAGGAGCUGCUGCAGCAGUCGCAUGCGCUUCUUGCUGCAGCAGCAGCAAAGGCAACACUGGCCGAGUGGAAGCUGCAGCAGCUGCAGCAGCAGCAGCAGCAGCAGCAGCCACUCACGCAGCAGCACCAGCACGUAUCUUUACCAGGGCCUUUGUUUUGCUGCUUAGCUUUGCAUGCAUGUGCUUCUAUUCGUCCCUCUACUCAGCAGCAGCAGCAGCAGCAGCAGCAGUGGCCGACGGCCUCUGCUUUGGAGGAUGUUGCAGCUGCAGUCUCGCGCGUUCUGUCAAGCACCAGCAGCAGCAGCAGCGGCAGCAGCAAGGCUGCUGCUGCAGCAGCAGCAGCACAAGAGCAUCGCCUGUUUCAGGUGUAUAGGCAGCUCCAUACAAAUCAUCUUCGUUUUUAUUUGUUGGGUUUGUGCAUGCGAUUAACUGGGCAGCAGCUGAAGUGCUGCAGCAGCAAACAUGCAGCAACUGUUGCUGCUGCUUGCUUGAAGCUGUUGCAGCAGCUCCCUGCUGCUCCCCCAACACCGCAGCAGCAGCAGCUGCUACUGCAGGACAUCCAGCGAUGGCAGCAGCAGCAGCUGCACCAGACGCAGCAGCAGCAGCAGCAGCAGGGCCCAGCUGCUGCUACUAGGGCCCCCAUGAACCUCGACCCUGACGCAGCAGCAGCAACAGCAACAGCAGCAACAGCAGCAACCGAACCGACAGCAGCAGCAGCGCAGCGCCUGCAGCAGUUUUCCCUGCCGCUCUUCAGCAGCAAAACGGAUCCAUCAGCAGCAGCAGCACUUCUGCUGCUUGCUGCUGCGCUGCAGCGAGCCAAGGUGCUGCUGGGUCGCAACAGCAGCAGCAACAGCAGCAACAGCAGGACUGUCGUCUCAGCUGUUGCUGCAGCAGCAAAAACAGCAGCACUGACGAACCGCCUGUCAAGCGGUGCUGCUGCUGCUGCUGCUGGCAGUGGAGCUCCCUUCUCAGCAGCAGCAGGAGCAGCAGCAGCCACUGCAGCAGCAACAACCGCAGCUGCUGCUGCUGCAGCGAGGACUGCUGCGAUGCAGCUGCUGCAGUGUUCUGCUGUUUAUAAGGUUUUGCUGCUGCGCAGUGAGACGUUCAAAGGAAUCGAUUUGCUGCUGCUGCUGCGUGCAGCAGCAGCAGCAGCAACAGCAGGAACGCCUUUUCCCUCUGAAUUGCUGCGCUCGCUGCCCGGAUUGCUGCUGCUGCACCUGGAGUUUUUGACUCCUCAGCAGCAGCUGCUGCUGCUGCAGCAAAUGAAGCUGUCGCGCCUUGGCCGGCCUGCUGCUUCCGCUGCAGCAGCAGCACAAGUAGCUACCGCAGCAACAGCCACAGAAGCAGCAGCAGCAGAACCAGCAGCAGCAGCAGCAGCAGCAGCAGACGAGGUUCAGUGGUGGGAGGUCGCUGUACAGUUGGCGCCCCGCGUGCUGCAUCUGCUGCGCAGCGGCUGCUGCAGCACCAGCGAUGCUGCUGCAGCAUGCUGGCUAUACGCUUCGGAGGACCUGCGCAGCCCGCAGUUUCCAUCGGCAGCAAUUGUUGCUGCUGUUGCUGCUAGGCUGCCGGAGUUGCUGCAGCAACAGAACGCAAAGACCAGCAACAGCAGCAGCAGCAGCAUCAGCAGCAAUCUAUCUGAUUUGUUGUUGCUGCUGCAGACGCUUGUUGCCUGGAGAGCCCCGCAGCCAACUGUUUGGGGGCCGCCGUUGCUGCACAAGCUAGCAGCAACAACGGCAGCAGCUGCAGCAGCAGAUGCAGCAGCAGGGCCUACUGCGCUGUCUUUGCAGCAGCUCGCAGCAGCAGCAGGUGCUCUGCUGCAGCUGCAGCUGCUGCAGGGUUUCUCUUAUACCCCAUUGCUAGCAGAUGAAGCAACCUUUGCGGCUUCUGCUGCUGCUGCUGCUGCUGCUGUUGCUACUGCACAGCAAGGACACCAGCGCCCUUCAGGAGGAUUUGCUGCUGCAGUUGCUGCAGCGCUGCAGCCUUGGCCUACGGAUCCCAGCAGCAGCAGCAGCAGCAGCAGCAGCAUAAACCUUUUGAAGGGCAUUAUUACAUGCUGGACGCACUUGGCUUCAGGCCUCACGACAGCAGCAGCAGCAGCAGCAGCAGCAAACUAUCAGCAGGAGCAGCAGCUUCUGUCGGCGCUGCUGCUGUGCUGUGCAGCAGCAGGCGUUUUGCUGCCUCGGGGUGCAGCAGAAUACCUUCGGCUGCUGCUGCAGCAGCGAGGAGAUGCAUCAGGCGUGUCGACAGCGCUGUUGCUGCAGCUGCUGCGGAGUGUGCUGCUGGAGCAGCAGCAGCUAGAGGCCCUACCGCUGCAGCAACGGCAGCGAAAGGAGAGCAUAAAGGUAGCAGCAGAAGAAGCAGUAGCAGCAGCAGCAGCUGAGCUGCAGCAAAGGCGACUCAGCCUGCAGCAGCGCGCUGAGGCUGCUGCGCUGCUCUGGCGUGUCUCUCAAUCCGAUGCCCUCGCCUGCACUCUCCUUCUCAGCUCACGGCAGCCGGAGCUGCGGCCACCUGCUGCUGCUGCUGCUGCUCCCCCUGCUGCUGCUGCCCCUGCUGCUGCUGCUCCGCCACCCAGUGCUGCUGCUGCUACCAGUCGGAGUCUGCAGCUGUUGUCUCCUCAGGACUCGAUGGAGGACCUCUGGCUGUUCCGCAGCAGCAGCAGCAGCAGCAGGAAGCAACAUGAAGAGCUGCAGCAGCAGCAACGGCUGCAGGAGCGCCAGGGCCAACCGGCAGCAGCACCAGCAGCAGCAGCAGCAACAACAACAGCAGCAGCAGCAGCAGCUUGUGUCCCUAUGCCUGCCCCCUGCGCUGCUGCUCCCCCUCAUUUGCUGCGGCUCAAGGGGCUGCUGCCGUCUGCUGCUGCUGCUGUUGCUGCAGCAGCAGAGGAGGCAUCGCGCAGCUUCCUUUCACCCGAAGCCUUGCUGCUGUUGCUGCUGCCUCCCUCAGCAGCAGCAGCAGCAGCCACAGCAAACGCCCCUCAAGGUGCUGCGAGCAGCAGCAGGUCAGGAAGCAGCAGCAGCAUCUUCACUAGCAACAGCAGCAGCAGCCACUGCCCUAGCAGCAACAGCAGCAGCAGCUGCAGUAGCAGCAGCCCUGGCACCGGACCCACCAGCAGCAGCAACAAUAGCAGCAGCAGCAGCAACAACAACAGCAGCAGCAGCAGCAUUAGUGUGCGGGCAAUUCGUUGGCAGCGCUAUGGAGUCCUGGAGCAGUUGCUGCGGCUGCUGCAGCAGCAGCAGCAGCAUCAGCAGCAACAGCAGCAGCCUGCAUUAGUUGGCGGAGGGGGCCCUGUGCUCUCUCUCUUCGCCAGGCUCGCAGCAGCCUUCCAGGAUGCAGGUAAAGAAGUGGGGACGGAGCUCCUCCAGCUGCUCCCUAACCACUGCCAGCAGCACCAGCAGCAGCAGCAGCAGCAACAGCAGCAGCAACAGCAGCAGCAGCAGCAAGCACAGCAGCUGCAGCGUCUGCUGCUGGAGCAGAGCCCUUGGCAGGCAGAGACCCCAGCAGCAAACAAAGUGCUUCGGAGGGUUGUUACUGCUGCUGCUGCUGCUCAAGUGCAGCACGGCGUCCUCGUGGACGUCGCGCUGCAGCUACUUCUGCCGCAGCACCACAGCAGCAGCAGCAGCAGCAGCAACAGCAACAGCAACAGCAGCAGCACCAGUACCAGUGGGAGCACCAGCAGAGCAAGCGGCCAGUUACGCGUUGCUCUCUUGCUGCGCAACAACCGCAGCAGCAGCAGCAACAGCAGCAGCAGCGCUGCUGCUGCCUUUGCAGCGCUAGAAGCUGCUUUGCUGUCUUUGAGGGGCUGGGAAGUAUAUGAGGUGCUGCUGCCGCCUCCUGCUGCUCCUGCUGCUGCUGCUCCUGCUGCUGCUCCUGCUGCUGCUGGCAUGAGCAGCAGCAACAGUGAAAUCUCAGCCGAGGCUGCCGCUUCUUUGCUGUCGUUGCUGCUGCGCCGCAGCAGCAGCAGCAGCAGCUGCUGCUGCAGCAGCAAAACGUGA